AUGCACGUCGCAGACUCGACCGACGAUUGUCGUCAUACACGGACGCACACACGCUUGUGUGAUUCGAUAUCUAUGCCAUUCCCUUCGUCACGUGGUGUGGGUGGUGCGCGGGUCAAACCGAAUCGCGCUCCUUCGGCUGGCCCGACGCCCUGGACGGAUCGCUUGUUGACGCUGCCGCCGGACGUGCUCACGUGCUGUGUCGAGCGACUGUUCACCCACGCCGUCGAGGCGAACGAGGCGCUACGGUCAUCGUGCAAGGGCACCAUCACCCGCUUCCACGCCAAGGAACCUCCCAAUCUCGCACUCCAAGGUUAUCUGUCAAGGUGUGUUGCCGUGCCGAGCGUUGACGCAGCGAGUUGCGCCGACCGUCGUGCAAUGAUCGCCAGUCGCAGAUCGCCGUGCAGCUGCUGAUCCCACCGUCGCUCUAUCCUCAGGUUGAUCGUAUAUAUGCCGUGUCCGAGGGACGCGAUUCUUUUGACUGUACUCUAUCUCGAUCGGAUAUCCCGCCUACGUCCUCCCGCGCCCUAUCAUGAGGUGACCUCGGUGCCGUUACUCCCGACCGUCGAACCAACUCGAGCCGAGGUGUCAUCGUCGACGGAGCAAGAGCACAAGGAGAGCGAAUCACUCGCCCACCCUCUCAUUAAUACAUUCACGAUCCAUCGCCUCGUCCUGGCCGCCCUCCUCGUGGCGUGCAAGUCGGAAUGCGACGGCCAUUUGUCGCAGCGACGUGUUGCAAAAGUCGGCGGAGUGACCAUGCGAGAGCUGAUUCAGCUGGAGGUUGACGUGCUCGCCUUGUUGGACUGGCGAUUGACCUAUACCCUAAACGCGGUCGAAGAUCUGUCUCGCACGCUGUGGGAACUGGCACAAAAGGAGGGUCUUAUCACCGCCGAUGCAGAUGAUCCUUCGCCCAUUUCUUCGAGCUCGGCCCCAAGCGUCGCUGAGGUGACCGCUGAAACUUCAGCUGGCCCCAGACUUCAAGGAGUGCCCCUUGUCUCCGUGUCGACCCCCAACUCACACGAGUCGGACGACCGGAUUUCCGUCAUUUCCACCUCGACAGCAUCGUCGGUCUCGGUCUCGCCAUGCAUGCGGUCUCCCGCCCGCGACUCGAGCAUAUCGCCGUCGCCGCCCUCGUCGAACGAAGCAUCCACUCGAAGUUCACUGGAAGACUCUCGAAAAUCUAACGCGUCCGGAAAGAAUUCCACCUCUCUUCAGGGUCAACGCUUGGCAUCGAGGGCGUCCAGCGAGACGGUCCGUCGACUCGACCGACUGUCUGUCUCGUAG